CGUAUCGCAACAAGCAAAAUCCUCGUUCUAUACUUGUCCGUGUGCCAGGACUUCAACACCAAUCUACCAAGUGUAUCUGUAUCUGUGUAGCCGUGUGUGUAUCUGUGUCUGUGUGUGAGUCUGUUCUAGCUCUCGUCUCGUCUUGUUUCGUGGCGCGCGCAUUGGAAGAGGAAGUUCUGUUGCUCGCAACUGGAAUUGUAGUUGUAACUGGAAGUUCUGUUGGCGUUCUGGAAGCAGCGGCAGCGACAGCGACAGCGGCAGCACCUUCUUCUUGACGGGUUCGCGUUUGUGUUAUUGCCUAGAUAUCAGUCAGUUCAGUCGAAGGCUUACUGCGAUCGCGACGUACAAGUGCAAACGUUCCUCCGAGAUCUCAAACGCGUUCGCUUAAACAUACACUCAAGCUCAUAAGAGAAGAUCCUUUUUGCUUGUAGCAAACAUGGCCAAAAUCAUUCUGUUUUGUGUGCUUAGCCUUUUGGCAUGCGCUGCAGGUCAACGCAUUACUACCAUACAUCUGGAUGGGGUGCAGUACUUCAUCAGCCGCAUGAAUCCCUAUUCGCCGGAGCUGAACUACUUCCUGGCGUAUCAGUACUGCCGCUCGCUGGGCCUGCAGCUGGCCUCGUUUGAGACCAAGGAGAAGGCCGAAUCGAUGACUACGUAUCUGAAGAAUGCCGGCUAUGGCAAUUAUGAUUUUUGGACUUCCGGAAAUCGCUUGGGCACGGGCAUGUUCCUAUGGAUGAGCACCGGUCUGCCGUUCAAUGCCACCUUCGACUUCUUUGAGAAUUCGGCUGAUGCCAUUCAAGCUGGCCUGCUCGAUCCCGUCGAUCACAACAGCAACACCUCGCCUCAGCGCACGGCACGCGACAGCAGCAGUGGUGCCGAAAAGGGCUGCGUCAUACUGAAGCAGCCGACGCUGAAGUGGAUGCCCGAGGACUGCUCGGCCGUCAAGGACUUUAUUUGCGAGCAGACACGCUGCUAUUACUACAACUAUGGCAGCAUUCCAGUGUCGUCUGCGCAGGGACGCCCCAUCACCUCGACCACGCCGCGCUCUGCCGUUCCACUGCAUCUGCCCAGCACCACGCCGCUGCCACUCAUCAUGUCGACCAGCAGCGCCAGCGGCUCACUGUUUGCCAAGCCCAAGUCCACACUAAGCGAUGCCUCUGCCGAUGCUGCCCACCAGCCCUCGACUGUGUGGUUCAAGCUUAAUCACGAUCGCGCGCUUGUGGACACAGAUGUUGCCGAUGCCGAUGCUGAGCUGGAGGCGGAGGCAGAGGAGCACGACGAUGCCGAUGCUGAUGCUGACUUCGAUGAGCACGAGACUGCUGAUGGCAACUCCAAUGAGCAUGCCCGUGAGCUUACCGAGGGCGAGCACGUUUUUCCACUGAAUGACAAUGAGCUGCACAAUGAGAUGCAUUCGAUUGAGGAGCUACAGCUGCAGCUGCAGGCGCAGGCCAAUGAUGAGCAUGUGGAGCACGAGGAGGAAGUGCCUGAGGCGGAGGCUGAGCAGGAGCACGAACCGGAGCCAGAGGCGGAGACGCAUUCCGAGUCGGUGGCCAAGGUGAGCGAUGUGCCUGCGGCGCUGCCCAGUUCAACGGAGUCGCCGGCCAUUGAGGUGCGUCUGAAGCAGAUAGCUCAGGACUUUGAGAAGAUGACCAGCUCGCAGGAGAUGCAGCGCAACAGUGGCGUCAGCAAGGAUGAACUGACACCGCAAUCCUCGCUGUCCUUGAGCGAUCUCAUACGCACUCUGCGUCCCAGCGAACAGCAGAUCAUACCACAAAUCGACUCGGACUACUCCAAUGCCAUGCGCGUGCUGGGCAAGACCUCCUCCGCCGUGGUGAACAAUGAGGAUACGCGCAAGUUCAAGGUGCUGCCGGAGCUGCAUGGCUUCUAGGUUGAGAGGAUUUAAUGGGGCAACGCUGGCUUGUGGGUUCCACUGAGGAAUGUGCAUUUUAGAUCAUCACAAAAUGACGCUUCUCUCUGCGGACCUGCAACAGUCUAGACAUUUUUCAUUAGCAUAUCGAGAGUAGAGAACCUAAAGUGUUAAGACCACAACUACUUAUAAAUAAACACACAUAUACAUACACAUACAAACAUACAAAAAACAAACUACUAUUAUAUGCUUUAAUUGUAUGACAAGCAACAAAAAAACAAAAAAACACAACACAACAAGAACUCUUCAGUAAUAAAAACGAAUUUGGUAAAUGUA